CGAUUAACACUAUGUUUUAUUUGUUUUUGAAUUCUUCAAUUUAAUUCCCUUUGGGGCAGCUUAUUUGAGUACGGCGGCGUUCUGAAAAUGCCGCCGAACUGUUUGGAAACUAUGUUCGGCAGACACUUUCAAAACUCGCGAAGCGCGGCCUACUAUUUGUCUACGGAGUCGCACGCGGGGAUCCAGAUGGGUUCAAUGUUCGCGACUGGCGUUUAGGGCUCGAAUUCCUCUCGUGCCCUUGGGUGAUCUCUCUCGCGCUCUCCCUCACCCUCUCCGUCCCCGAUCUUCUCUCUCGCGAACAUCGAUUCGAUCGUUCCUCUGGUUCUUACCGUUUGAGUGGGACCUGCUUAACCAUGUUGGAGAGUAGUUCACAGAAGGUCGGUCCUAGUGAUUGUCGUAGCCUUGGUAGUAACCAGCCUCAAUCUGGUCGAUCUGCAAAGGUUUCAAUUGGAAUCACGGUUGAGAAAUCCCCAACAGUGCAAUCUGGCGUGGGAAAAGAAGAUGCUCCUGUGCAGUCUGCAGAGAUUCAUUCAUCAUGCAUAGGAAGGGUUGUAGGUAAUCAAAGCCGACUGCGUCGUGAAGCAAACUUGGAAAAAAAAAGAGUGGAACUUGAGGGACAAAAGAACUCGAAUUGCUUACCAUUAAGGUCCUCAUGCUGCAGGACAUCAAUCGCAGAUGCAAGCAAAUGUUAUGUGAAGCAGUCACCAGUGCUUCCUUCUGUUGAUUCUGCACACAGAAAAACAGAUAGGUUUGCCUAUGAGCAUGACAGGGAGCGAAGUGGAGAUCUCUAUGUAGAUCAAGGGCCUGCAUUCGUCUCAAUGAAGAAAACAAACUUAUUAGACCAAGAAAUCAAUGGAGAACAAACAGUAGAACCCUAUAAGAACACUACUGAUGGCCUUAAAAUGAAGCUCUGGGAGAUCCUUGGCGGUGCUUCUUCACAAAAAGAGCAUAGUAUGAAUACUAUGAAACUUGAGAGCAACGAGAACAUUGGCGUGGAUUGUAACCAAGGAUUGCAGAAGGGGGGAACGGCCAGGCCCAAGCCGAGUUCGGAUCCAAUUGAGACUGAUUCAGACAGCCCUAAUCAAACUGUAAGGAGACGUGCUACUCGUUCCAUGACAAGAAAAAAUAUUCCAAAUAAAACAGGGAAAAAAUUGAAUGGCGCUUUUAACAAUGGCAAAAAGCCAUUGUCAUCCGCCUGUUCAGAUUUUAAACAUAAAGCCGUGGAGAACCUCAAAGGGAGUCAUAAUGAGAAAGUUUUCUUUUCCUUUAGUAGAGAAGAGAAAAGAAUGCAAAACCUGAGUGCACAUGCGAAGAGUGAAGCGGACAUUGAGCUCAGGAAAAUAAGCGGGUCUAGUUCUGAUAAUAAUCCCAAUGUGCAAACAAAUUUUGAGUGUAAUGACAAAGAAGACAUUUUUUCCUUUGAUGUAGUAGUAGGGAAUAAGAGAACGGUAAAAGGUACAAAUGCUCAGUUCGAAAGGCCUAACGAGAAGAGAAAGGCUGCCAUUGAGAAAAAGACCAUUCAUCUUCCCACUCUAUCCAAUUCAAAGAGUAGUCUGCAAAAAAAUGAAAUGGAAAACUCUUUUUCAUCUGCUAAGGUGUUGCCAAGUAUGAAUGAAGUUGAGGUUUCUCCCUGUACUCCCUGUCCAAGCAAGAAACAAUCCAUGCAACCAAAAAACGUUCUGAAUGAUGGCCAAAACUCACAGAUGAAAGCACAAAACCUAUCUAGUGUUCCAUUAAUGCCCGAAGCUGUGACUUACGAAAAUAAUCAAAGCUCUCUACCGGAAAAAGAAAAAAGAUUAUGGGAACAUGUGGAAGCUUCUCCGAUGUCAAAGUUCAUAUUUCAACAUGAUAAACCUACCUCUUCGCGGGUGACAAGUUCAGCCGACGCAUCAGAUGAUUUACAGAGUCCUACAUUAGCAGGCAAAACGACUCCGAUUAUGCCGAGUAGACCACCCAAUGAAAUUGCUGGUAGCCCACUACAAAGUAGGAAAAUAAAUUUUACUUGGAACUUCCAUAAUUCUGACAUCGUGCAUAAUGACAAUCCAAUAUCUGGCGGUUCAAAAGCAAACACAGAAUCAUCUGAUGACACAAGGGAGGCUUACGAAUCAAGAGAUCUGGAAUCUACAUUUGUUGAUGGAAAUGAAACCAAAGAACAGUUAUCAUUAUCACCAAAAACAAGGCAUGAUUCUGAUAGCUUUGGAGCAGACCAGUUAAAGAUCAAAGGAUUUAUACAAACGAGCAAAUUGUUUCCAAAUGUUGACAACUCCGACGAAUUUCCACUCAAGCUUCAUAAAAGAAGAAGGGUUCAUGGUCCUAAAAAUGCCAAAUUAAACGAAGGAGAUGAAACCGAUGAUUUGUAUGAAGCUUCAGAGCAAUGUUUCGAGGAUAGCUUAGCAAGGGCAGUGAGCCAGUUGGCUUUGGGAUUGAGAAGAAUUGAUUCUAAGCUACAAUUACACACUAACAAGAAAUGUUGUGAGAUACUGUCAGCUGUGGCAGAUAAAAUUAAGCAGCAGCUUCAGCAUGUUGAUUCUAAGAUACACGAAGACAUGGGAAAAUUCAAUGGCGCUAGCAAAUCCAAAAGGAAACACCUAGAAUCUCAGUUUGAAGAGCACCAAGGAAGGCUCAGCUUAAUUCAUGAGAAGUACAAAGAAGAAUUCAAUCACCAUCUUCUGAACUGCAGCAGCACCCUAAAGGAACUAGAAGCACAAAACAUUGAGAUUAAAGCAACAGCAGAUCGGCAAAAAAUAUUGCAUAGGAAGCUUCUUUUGCAGCUAGAAGAAACAAUGAAAGAUCAGUUAAAUGCAGCUGAAACAAGUAUCACAGCAAUCAGAAAGGAUGCUAGAAAAAAGUUGAACAGCUUGAAGUUUGCCUUAAAGGAGUGGCUAAGUGACGGAGCAAUCAGCUAAGCAAGCUCUUAUGGUCGAAAGUUCUUUCAGUAAAGCCAAAGGCCUGUAAAUAAAGGCCUUGGUAAGUCCAUGUUCUACAUUUUCUAUAAAAAUAUAAAUGAUAGGGUAUGAAAAGCUCAGGAUAAGCUUUUUUCUUGUAUUUCUCUUAAAUAUUUGAUACGUCCAGACUUAAUCCAAGAUAACCAUAUGUUUGUGUGAA